AUGCUCCAUGUGUGUGUCAUAUCCCGUGUGAGAGAAGUGGCUAAGAAUAAGAUAGAUGUCUCUUAACCUAGGCCUAGAUUAAUUCAAAUUUAGUUAAAAUGGCGGUAGGAACGAAGUUGUUUUGCAUAUUAAUGUGGAUUUCGUGUUUGUAUGCUGUAAGCAUAUUUAUUUUUACCAAAGGAUUUUUAUUGAAACGGCUAGAAAUUCCUAACAAAAGUGACUGUUCGAUCAGGCUCGAGGAACAGUCGGUUUUCUCGAUGAGGACACAAGAAGGAGGACUCUUCUCAGACGAUGCAUAUGGGGACACCCCACACGUAGGCCUAGGAUCACAAUUUCAUAUCGAUAAUAUGUGUACUGCGCAGGAUCGUUUCAACAAAUCUAUAAUACUUCUUAUUGACGCUCUUCGUUACGACUUUCUUUUAUUUAAUGAAUCUCUUGAUGCAACGGGAACUUUGCCAUUUCAAAAUAAGCUACCAAUUAUACAAAGUUUAAUUGAAAAGAAACCAUCUCAUUCUCUUCUUUAUCAAUUCUUAGCUGAUCCACCAACAACGACAAUGCAACGCCUAAAGGGGCUUACCACAGGGAGCCUACCAACAUUUGUUGAUGUGGGAAACAACUUUGCGAGUUCGGAAGUUGAGGAAGAUAACCUAAUUCACCAGUUGGUGAAAGCAGGGAAAAAUAUAACAUUCAUGGGCGAUGAUACGUGGGAGUCACUUUUUGCGGGUAAAUUUGCGAAAUCUUUUCCAUUUCCAUCAUUCAACGUAAAGGAUUUACAUUCAGUGGACAAUGGAAUCAUGAAACACCUUCUGCCAGAAAUUAAUCAGUCUGAUUGGAAUAUCCUGAUAGCUCACUUCCUUGGUGUUGACCACUGUGGUCAUAGAUAUGGCCCAUACCAUUCUGCAAUGGGGGAGAAGCUCUCGCAGAUGAAUGAUGUAAUUAGUUCGGUGGUAGAAAACAUGGACAACGAUACACUGCUACUAGUUUUUGGUGACCACGGAAUGACAGGUACUGGAGACCACGGUGGUGAUAGUAAUGACGAGCUUACAGCGGGUCUCUUUAUCUACAGUCAAAAAGAUCUCAGAAAGCUUAACCCUGGAUUGGCAAUGAAUGCCUACCGAUCAAUAUCCCAGAUUGACUUGGUCCCAAGUUUGUCUCUUCUUCUAGGAAUUCCUGUUCCAUUCUCUAACCUAGGAAUGGUCAUUCCUGAGCUUUUUAUGUUUGGUGCUGAUAGAAAAUCUCCUGAAGUACUGGACCACCUUUCACUGUUGUUAGCAAAAUAUCAUCCAGCAUACCUGAGGAUGGAAGCAUUGAGGAUUAACAGUUUUCAAGUGAAACGUUAUCUGGAUUCCUACUCAAGAAAGGUGGAUGAGUUCCCAUACCAUAUUUCAGCAAUAUUAGAACAGAAGUUUGCCAAUGCAGAAACACUGUUUCACAAUUUACAACAGAACCUAAAUGAUGAAGAAGUAAAAAUUGCGAUAGAUGGUGCAACAGCUAUGUACAUGGAAUACCUCUCAGGUGUCAAAGAGAUGUGCCGUGGUAACUGGGCUAAGUUUGAUCUUUUGUCAAUGGCAUGUGGAGUAGUUCUCACUGUCAGCACUUGUGUGGCCGUGUGGGUAGUUCUCAACUUUGUGGACGGAAUUAAAGACAGAGAAAAGAUUGAGGAUACCCUAAAUUCUCUUUUAGGAAACAUGUUAACUGGUAUGAUAACAAUAUUUCCCAUGAGCGUUAUAAUCACAAGCCAGGUGGAAGAUUUAAUGACAGUCAAGACAACGAUCCUGUUGUUUUUUCCUGCAUUAGGUUCCAUUCUUGGGAGUCUUCUAUGUGUUCUUCAGACUCAAGGAAUGCCAUGUAUGUCUGAUGUUUUAUUAUACAUAAAACAUACACCAAAGGAAUCACUUUGUUCUUCUGGAUUGCUGUUUCUUUAUGUGGUGUCACUAACAUCAAAUAGUUUUGUUGUGUAUGAAGACAGGACAGCAGUAUUUCUACUUCAAUUUAUCGUCUUGUUAGUGUAUCUUAUAUCAGGUAUAAGAAGCUUAAUAAAAUUUAAAAGAAUUAAAUCUCGCGACAUUGGUCGAAUAUUGACGCACCCUGUUGCCAUAGUCACAUACAUGUUAUUAGCUUUUCAAGCGUGUGUGCGGUUAUCAUCACACUUUAGGAUAUGUCGAGAAGAACAAGUGCCAUGCUCCCAAUCAGAUCUCUUGCAACCACUACUUGUUUUUGAUCCUGAGAACAGCACAUACAAUAAUUUUCGUUAUAUUAAAGCAGUUGUAAGCAUCUGUUUGAUUCCAUUUCUUUUAAAAUUCUGGUUACAGAAGCAAGGGAACUUGAACGGAAGUUCUGCUGCUAGUGUAUGUAUCAAGUAUGCAUUGCCAACAAUAUCUGUUUUUAUAUUCUUUCAUUGGGGUCUCAUGUCUCUGCCAGAAAAAGUUCUUGAUAAAUUGCCAAUGUGGCAGCAAACAUUUCUAGCAAAGUGUGUGUAUGUUCUCUCAACCAUUUCCAUCGUAUCAAUAAUCUGGCAGCCUUUGUUGAUUCAUAUUCUUGAGCGUGAAAAGAAACACCAACACAAAUUCCACAGCAAAGGUGAACAUGAUGAUCAGGUUGUUCCUCGUCUCUUUGAUUACAUUAAAUCAAGUUUUCAAAACCAGAAUGGACGUGGAAAGCAAGCUACAACUGUAACACAUGAAAAAAUCCAAGAAACACCGGCAGUGUUUGGUUUAGCGACAACCUAUUCUGCUUGUCUUCUGCAGUUAAUUGCAACCGUUAUACUUGUCCUCUCCAUGUUGCUAGGUGAUGGAUUCUCACCUGCAUUAACAUUAGUGUGUGUACAGGUGUUGCUGUACCUUGAACUUGUGGCAUGCAUUCGCCAUGCACAGCUAAAAAUAUUUAGUGCUUUACCCGAGCUUAAAAAAAUGGCACUACUGCAUGUUACUUGGUAUGCUGUGUUUGGCUGGGGGUUAAUGGCCUCCCAGUUCUUCUUUGUUACUGGUCACCAUGCCACGUUUCCAUCAAUUCGCUUUGAAGCCGGGUUUGUUGGUUUUAAUGGUGACUUUCCUGUCUACCUAUACUUCAUCCCAGCAGUUUUGAUUGGUGCAAAUACAUUUUCUUCUAAUAUCAUCUUCGGUCUGGCUCUUCCAUUGGUCCUUUUAUGGCCAUUCUCAAGAGGGAAGUUAGCAGAUAAGAAGAAUUCUGACAAUGAGGGAGAGGUUGUUUUGCGGGACCACUGCACAGAACUACGCAUUGGCUUAUUCCGAUUGGUGAUGCUUUAUAUCUUGUUCCAUGGCUGCAAGCUCCUUGGUUGCAUGUUCUCGGCAGCAGUUCAUCGACGGCACCUAAUGAUCUGGAAGAUAUUUGCACCGCGGUACAUAUUUGAUGGUAUCGGGUUCCUCGUCACGCUGGUAGUUGUACUGUUGGCCUACCUCUUCAUUCUUAGAACAGAUAACCAACUUGCCAAGUGGUUGGCCAGACUUUUCAAAAUAGUAAAACUUUUAAGAGAUUCUAGGUGAUGUGUUUUAAUGAAAAUAUUUCUUCAAAUAUUUCCAUAAAAACCUAGUGGUAAUAAAUGUUAUUGUUUGAAUGUUAAUUGUUAAUGUUAAGGGCAUAAAUUGUCAAAUUUCCAAAAACCAAAAAUUAAUUAAUUACAUACCUGUAGUUAAAAUUGCCAAAACCAGGUAAAAACUCUUAUUGAAUUUGUAUAUUUGAGCUAUGUUCAUUUAACAUUGCCAUCUUAAAAAUAUGAAUGAUUACUGCACAGUGUGUGUUUAGUUAAGAGUAGAACAUUUGAAGAAUAAAAUUCAAUAUUUGAAUUGCAUACAGUACUUUAAGUAAACUUAAGUAUUAAUAAUUGCUACAUGAUUUAAAUACCAUAAAACCUGAAAUAGAAACCCUGGGCUUUACAAACUUUAGAUGGGUUUCUUUUCAAGGCUACUUUUGCAAAGCAAAGAGCGGGGGCUUCUUUUCAAAAUGAAUGCUGAAAUUUUAGGAAUUAUUUCUACUAUAAAACAAUAGGGCCACUGUAACAUCAAUCUGUAUCAUGGAGUGUAUUAACUGGCAUUAAAUCAUCUAAACUUUGUUUAAACCGUGUGUUUAAUUUAUUUUGUUUCUUUGAAAUUUAUGUACAGUGUAUAAUGUACUGUACUAUCUCGGAAAGAAGUUCAUGAGCUUCUUUUUUGAGGUUACUUUUGGAAAUUAAAGAGGGGCUUUAAUGGAGAUUCAAGAUUGUCAUUGUUUCGAAAGCCAUCGAUGGCUAUUUAUUAUCCACUCAUAAACAACGCAUGUAUGCAAUCAACACAAUAUAUACCCAACAUUACUGGUUUAGAAUGCCUAAUUUAAUAAUAUCAUUGGAGGAAAUAAACAAAGGUUGUUAGCAAUUUUAAUUGCAUUUGAAAAGAAAGAUGACAAGAACCUUAAUGAACAACCACAAAAAGGAAGAAAUUGGGAAUGGCGGGAGUUUUUAACAGAGAUGGAACAAAUUACGGCGUGGAGGAAAGAAAGUGUGUAGGGGAUGAUUUGAGUUUUUGUCAAUCUUAGAAUGUAAACUAAUAAUACAAAAUUUCUGUCCAACUUAUAAUGAAGAUACAUUAUAAGACGAAAGAAUAGUAGCAAAUUUAGACGAGGAGGCAGAGGGAUUGACAUUCUUGGUGAAAAUUGUCUAUUCUCGAGAUUAAGCCUAUUGGUUUUACAGAAUACAGUCAAACAAAAAUUGUCAAAGUAGAAAUUAUUUUCAUGUCACUUCAUCUUCCCUAUAUUUACAAUGGUUAAUAUUUGCUCUAACUCGAAUAAAUUUAAGUUGAAUAAAACGAAAGUCGAACAACAUUUUACAUGCCAAAUUGAUUUCCAUUGAUUGUUAGUCCGUAAGUCAAAGUUGAUGUAAAACUUAAAUCAUUUUUAGCUGUCGCUGUAUUACAGACAUCGCUGUGAAUGUCAACAAGUGACUCAUACAUUUGGCAAUGCAGAAAUUCUCAUGCUAAGUAAGUCCGACAAGUGACUCGUGUUUACAUUGCAUGGCAGUAUUUUGUGUAGUUUAAUUUACAUGCGAAUGGUAUACUGUACAGUAUUAUCAAAGAAUUUGAAUAAGUGCCCCACUUUGAAUCAAUGUCCCCCUCACAUAAAUUCCCCCUAUAGAGUCUCAUUUGGAAUAAAUGCCUCCCCCCAAAUAAAUGCCCCGGGCUGGGGCGUUUAUUUUUCCUUGAAUAAACAUCCUCCUUAAAUGACUGUAAACAAAACUAAUGGAAAUAACAUUCUCAACACAUUCUAUUAAAUGUUCUACAGUGCUAUAGCAGAAUAACAUUUUAAACCUUUUUGGGACUAAUAGGUCUUUUGGAUUCAUGCAAUCAUUCAUUUUGAUGGUAUUUAUGUAUUGUAGUUCCACAUUUACAUAGAAAAAAAGGGUCGUAUAUACGCAUCCAUUUUACACCAAAAGCAUUCAUGCCCCCCUCUAAUAAACACCCCCUCAAAAACCCUUCUCAACAAGUUAAAAAAAUGUUAAAUCAUAACAUACAAUUAUCACAUCAUACUGCAUGUUAUAUUUGAGCACUAUUAUGAUUUAUCUAUUAAAAUCAAAAUGGUUGUAAUCAGAUAUGAAUUCCCAACAAAGACCUACAGGCCCAUCCAAGUAAGGCAUCUGCAGAGAUAGCAGUCCAGUGUUCGAAUCCUAGUUUAGCAAGAUUUUAAUGUUCAAAAUUUAUAUACAGUAUAAAGGUAAUUACACUAUAGCGUUAUAACAAAAUGGUUUAGAGUUUAUUGUAAAAAGAGUGGGAGAGACUAUAAUACACAAGAUACAUAAAGUAUCAACUUGUACUGACCGAUUCAAUAUAUCUAUCAAGCUUACUUAUUCAUUAAUAUGUUUACUGUACAGCAUACAGACAGUA